AUGGCCGAUUUUAGGAUGGCCCGAGAAUAUGAAUUCCCUCGUCAGCAAGAUACGCCUGGUAUGAGGGAAGUUAUCAAUAGAGUUGAUGAAGAAACAAACGGUAUCGUGUACAGAGCAAGCGACAAGCACACAAGAGACGUAGAUACCCUGUUUCCUGGGACAUCUGAAAUUAAUCAGUUACAAAUAAUGUACGAGGUUCUGGGUACACCUUCGGACACAGUUUGGCCCGGCUAUAGCGCAUUGCCAUUAGCCAGCGAAAUAAUAUUUGACGAGUAUCCAUCGGGUGGGUUGCGCAAAAAGAUAAACCAGGACCUACUCUCGGAUGAUCCAUCAAGACGAGUGACAGCAACUGAAGCAUUGCUGCACCCAUACUUCAACGAGGAGCCGGCGGCAAUAGAGCCGGCCAUGUUCAUGUCUUCGCUGUGGUUAGAGGACUCUGGCUCUGAUACGGAAGACCACGAGCAAUACUACGGCUCUGACAUGGAAGACCACGGGAAGUACUAUGGCUCUGACACGGAAGACCACGGGAAGUACUAUGGCUCUGACACGUGGUACGACCAGAGUUACUACAGCACUAACUCGGAAGAGGAUCUCACCUCUGACGCAAAUUCUUCCGUUGGCAGCAUUUUGAACACCGAUGACGACACGACGGAAUAA